CCAUUUUGUAUAACUUUUACCAUAGCGAUGUCGACAGCGGUCGCCUCUCCACAUUACAUAAGCUGUUGCAGCAAAUUAGUGAUGCUGGCUACACCGGCAAUAUACGUUGUGAUUGGUGCAGACAAAUCUGUGAUGACGUUAAUCGCUACAGUACGGACACAACCCUACACCGAUAUCAAUGCAUUUACACUGUGGGCCUCUCGCCACAUACUUAACAACAAGUUAGGCAGACAGGCCUGUUAUCUCUUUGGAAAGGAAAUAAGUAUCAUAUCAUUGUUGGAUCACUUAUUUGUCAUCUACAAGACGCAGUCUGCUAUACGGCAUCCAUUAGCUUGAAAGUCCAUAUAUAAGGAACAUUUAAAGGGUGUAGGUCUCCAUUUAUUUGGGAUGAAAAUCCGUGAGAUGCUAUUUGACAUUUCCUUUGGUAUAACGAUGUGCAAUGUCAUAUUACAUUUUCUUAUACUGACUCAGAUUCCUUUCCUCAAAACAGUUUUAUUCGUGGAUGGACAUGGUAUGUGUGCUAGCAGUGAACACGAUGACAUGGACUCAAACAAGUUCUAUACAUCCUUUAUGCGCCUGGAUACUAUUGGAGUGUUACAGUGCAUCAAGGUAUGUAAGAGAUACAAACUGUGUGAGAAAAUCCACCACAAUCGAGAGCAACUAACGUGUGACCUGAUGAUGCCGUUUGAGGAAAAGGGCAACGAGACGUCACUUUUGGAUGUACAAUCUGUAAAGACUAACAGCUCUAGCUGCGACAGUUGUUCCGAGACUGAAGCUUGUAUCGACACGAAGAAUGGCAGCCAUGUUUGUCUUGCUCAAGAUCCAUGUCCUAACCCCGACUGGGUGCGUUAUAACCGAAAGUGUUACUUCUUUCCCGGAAGCGAAAUGUUGGCAGAUGAUGGCGCGGUGUUUUGUAACUCAAUGAAUGCCACACUUGUGAGAAUUGACAACGACGAGGUGCACAAUUUUCUCAUAUCGGAAAUGACAAAACGGGGAAUGACAAGUAUGUGGAUUGCUGCAAACGACAGGGCUUUGGAAGGCCAUUUUGUGUGGGGGCCUGGGGAUGUAGUAUUGAAUGCAAGGUGGAAACCUGGUCAACCGAACGAUAUAAAUAAUCAGGACUGUGUCGCUUUAGGACUUCAAACGCAGACAUGGAAUGAUUUGGAAUGCACAACACAUUAUGAGAAGUAUGCCGUGUGCGAAGUUCGAUACACAAUGUUUGGUCCAUUCAUCAGAGGACACAUCUAAAAAGGCUGCUUCCUGUUACCUCCUUUAUCAAGAGAACAUAACAGGGUAAAAUACCAUCCUUCUCCACCCUGUUUAUCUUUCUCAUCUCUGUCGUCUCCUUCUCUCUCCUGUUAUAUCUUUCUUCUCUCUCUUCUUCUCUCUCUUGUUAUAUUUUCUCUCUC